CUGGUUCUGCACAACUGCAACCGGGAAAGUGGUUUAGUACUAUUCACGCAAGCGCAGAGGUCCUGUUAGAGGGUAUCUUAGCAACCAGCUUGUUUACAGAACUCUGACGCUGCUGUGGUCACUCGCAGUUAUUUAAAUCGUCCAAUUUGCAGCUGGUUGUUUAAACUAAGAUAGCGGAAUACAUUCGUGAUAAAAUAAUACAUUUUAAAAAAAUGUACAAAUUGGAUCUUCCAAAGGAUCUGGCCAUGGCUGCUACCCUGGAACUGAGGAGAAACAGAGAGAUCGAGCGACAGAACCGAAUCUUUAACUCCAAAGUCAGAAUAAUUGGGGUGGACAAAGAAGCCUUAGACUACCAGGUUAAAGAAAGGAAAAUCAACGAAGAGACUGACGCGCACGUUCACGAAGCCUAUGCUAAAGACCUGAUUCGAAAUGAAAAGAUUGCCUGUUUGCUGGAUGAGAGACAGAAGAAUGACAGCAGGACCCUAAACAAGGCGGUGGAGGAGUUUCGCCAGUGUUCCCAGAAACCCGAGAGCAGGCGCGAGUUUCAUCUGAAUGAUCCUCAAAUGUUAAAGAAGGACCUCCCGGCACGCAUUUCUGAUCAUGAUCCCAGACUGUCUGUCUCAGGAGUGCAGAAGCUGGUGGGAGAAGACUUAAACCAGCAAGAGCGACACAGGAUGCAGCAGGAGCAGCUGAGGGAAUGGUCACUGCAACAACAGGAAGAACUGCACAGAGCACGGGAAGAGCACACAUGUGCAGAGGAACUUUACAACAAGAGAAGGGUGGAGCUUGAUAACAGAGCUGUUGAACUUCAAAAGAUUGAGGAAGAAACCAGGAGAGCUGUCACUGUGGCAACCAAAGACUUCAAUUUGGCAAAAGCUGCUGAAACAAGAGAAAAACAGAAACUGGAGAAGCAGCAGGAGGAGGAAGAUAACCUGGUGGAAAUCUCCAACCUGAUCCAGGGGGACCUGCUCUCGGAGAAUCCCGAUCAAGCGGUCAGUGUGUUUGGACCCCAUCGUGUCGUCCCCGACAGGUGGAAGGGGAUGAGACCAGAACAACUGAAGGAGAUAACCCACUUCCAGCUGCAGCAAGUCCAGGAAAACAUGAGGUCCAAGGAAAGGGAGCAGCUUUGUGAUCUGGAGUGGAAGCAGCAACGUGUGGACGCUGCUCGGAAAGCACUGCUCCUGGAGAGGCAGCAAGCGCGUCUGGAGCGUGAGCUGCGCAGAGCCCUGGACAACACCAACAAGCAGCUAUCUGAGGCACACAGAGCACAGAAGCAGUAUCUGGAAAAGGAGGUCUUCACAAACAUUCCAGAGGAUGGCUACUUUGCACAGUUCAAUACAACCAGUCGAUAAAAGGAUUACAAGGUGUAGUUCAUAAAGGCUCUGUAUUGCUGUCUUCAAAACAUAGACCAAUUUUGGUGCAAUUUGAGAUCUGUUGAAUUAAAACUCUGUAUUUGCAUUUUCUCGCCUCUUACAAACCAUGUACUAUAUUAUUCAUUUAGUUUUAACAUUACCAAGCAUAUUGUAAUCAAAAAUAAUUAUUGGAUUAUAAAUGUCAGCUUAGCUGCUUUAUGAAAAGAUUUGAAAUGCAAGUUUCAAUGUUCACUUUAUUCAGAUUGUUGAAUCUACUUUAAUAUUCUUAUGUAGCUGUAUAACUGAAACUCUGUUCUACAACAACAUAGGGUUACACAAACAACAGUGUUAAAACAUAGUAUUUUAUAAAUUAGAAAACACUUCAAAAACACAUUUUCUAUACAGUUUUUCUAUCAAUAUCCUAGCCUUUUCCAAUGUAUUGACAUUUUAUUAUUAAAAUAUCUGGCAAACUAA